UGCGAUAGAUGGCAUUCACGUCGUGCGCCGUUACUGAAUGGACGUGUGCCGCGCGCCUCGCUCUAUUCAACGCAAACUACAACAAUUUUUAUCGGACUGUUUUUUUUGUUUGUAGCGUUCUAAUUUGUUUCGCCGGCUCGGCGCGAGCAAUAAAAUUAAAAGCUUUAUUCGGCAACGCUAGAUCUACUGAUUAUUUGCCGUCAGCUUAGAAUCUAUUGUUACGGAGUGACGUAAAGCCUGGUGCAGUGAUAACAGAGAGUGAUGUGAAUUGUGUUGUGUUUACGUUACGAUGUGCGUGGUAGUGUAGGAGGCUCUAUCAUGGGGUAUGCAUCGAACGGUGCGGGGCGGGCGGCGCACGAGGCGCUACUUGCCCGACAUGAUGCCGAGUUGCGUCUGAUGGAGACUAUGAAGCGAAGUUUGCAGGCUAAAAUGAAAAGCGAUAGAGAGUACGCUCUGGCGUUGUCCGCUGCAGCCGCACAAGGACAAAAGAUGGACAAAUGCGAGGAAUUGAACGGUUCAGUAAUAGCAUCGGCAUGGCGGACGAUGACUGAGGAAUGGGAAAACACAAGUCGCCUGAUAAAGGCCAACGCUGAGGCACUGGAUUCUCGUGCCUUGGAUCGCCUGAACACUCUUAUGACAGAGAGGCGGAAGGCUCGUAAAGUUUAUCAGGAAGAUCAUAGUAAAAUAUCUUCCCAAUUCACACAGCUCUCAGAAGAGGUCCAGAGGAAACAAAGCGAGUACCAAAAAUGUCUCGAGUCAUACAAACAGAUGAGAGCCAAAUUCGAAGAGAAUUACCUUAAAUGUCCAACCAGUCGAGGAGGACGUAAACUAGACGAGACCAGGGACAAGUAUGGCAAAGCUUGCCGAAGGUUACACAGAGCUCACAAUGAAUAUGUGCUGCUGUUGGCGGAGGCGACGGAGUGCGAACGAGCGCUGCGUACCGCUUCUCUGCCUGCGCUGUUUGACCAACAGCGACGGCUUGGAGAGGCUACGGCUUCGUCGUGGAAAGGAAUUUUGAUGGAAGUGGUGCAGAGAUCCGACUUCGGUACGGAAAAGUUUAAGGAGAUACAAAACAAGAUUGAAUCGUCUGUACAGAAUCUGAGGCCGCAAGAGGAGUACAAAGAGUUUAUUGAAAAAUACAGGUCACCGCCCUCAACCCCAAUUUCAUUCAAUUUCGACGAGAGCUUAGUCGAAGACACUAGUGGCAAACUUCAACCGAAUCAAUUAACCGUUGACAAUCUCACAGUCGAAUGGCUCAAAGAGAAGUUGACAGAACUGGAAACGAUAUUACAGGAUAAUAGGGAAAAACAAACGGCGUUACAAGGACCAGAGAUAAUUGGAAAUGGUGUCUGUAAAAACAACAACACUGGUAUGACAAAUGGGGUUAAUGGAGUCGAUAGACAUUCCCCACCGCCGAUCCCCGUGACUACGGCGGAACCCGUGAAGCUGCUGGAGCUACGCGUGUCGGAGCGCAAGUGUGCGCGGCAGGCGGAGAUGAUCCGCGCCGCGCUUGCCGAGCUGGGCUGCGAGGAGGCGCCCAGCGGCUGUCCCGACCUUUCCGCCGAGGUCGUGGGUGUCGACAGUCUUGACGGCAGCUCUCCCGACCACCAGGAUCGAUCAUCCCUCGGAUCCAAAGCGUCGAUGGACGCUUUGCGAUUGCACCUCCACUCUAUCAUGCCACCGAAGCCGUUCUUCAGAAUGUUUACACGACCUUUCCGACGCAAGUCGGUCCCGUCCAGCCCUGCGUUACCACCCAAGACAUAUAGAAGUAGCAGUGAGGGACCUUCGGAUUCGGUAAAGCUUUUAUGGACUCUUCGCAAACAGCGAGUGAUCCUAAAGCGACGUUUUCGCAAGCGUUUGGAUGUCUAUGUGCAAUGUAGAGUUCGAAAUGAAGUGUUUAAGAAGCGAAGAAAAAUUCGCUGUUCAUGCCCUAACCGUGUGGUUAGCGUGAGUGAGACAGAGCGAUCAUUAGUAGACCAAGAAUGGUUCCACGGUGUACUGCCUCGGGAGGAAGUGGUUCGUUUGUUAAGAGCUGAUGGGGAUUAUUUAGUCAGAGAAACAACCAGAAAUCACGCAAGGCAACUAGUAUUAUCAGUAUGUUGGGGACAACAUAAACACUUCAUCGUACAGACUACGCCAGAGGGCCACUACCGGUUCGAGGGCGCGGCGUUCCCGUCGGUGGGCGAGCUGAUCGCGUGGCAGCGCACGAGCGGCGUGCCCGUCACGGCGCGCUCGGGGGCGCUGCUGCGGCGCGCCGUGCCGCGCGAGACCUGGGAGCUCAACAACGACCACGUGCAGCUGCUGGACAAGAUCGGACGGGGUAACUUCGGCGACGUGUACAAGGCCCGGCUGAAGACUACGGGUCAGGAGGUGGCCGUGAAGACGUGUCGGGUGGCGCUCCCGGAGGACCAGAAGCGCACCUUCCUGCAGGAGGGUCGCAUCCUUAAACAAUACCAGCACCCUAACAUUGUGAGACUCAUCGGUAUCGCAGUACAGAAGCAACCCAUCAUGAUCGUCAUGGAACUCGUACCUGGUGGUUCCCUAUUAACGUUCCUACGGACGAGAGCAUCGAAUCUCAGUUCCCGGACGCUGCUAGCGAUGUGCAGAGACGCUGCGGGCGGCAUGCGGUACCUAGAGUCGAAGAACUGCAUCCAUCGCGACCUGGCCGCCAGGAACUGCCUCGUGGGAGAUGAUAACAUCGUCAAGAUAUCGGACUUCGGCAUGUCGAGGGAGGAGGAGGAAUACAUAGUGUCGGGCGGCAUGAAGCAAAUACCUAUCAAGUGGACGGCUCCGGAAGCUUUGAAUUUUGGCAAGUACACGUCGCUGUGUGAUGUGUGGAGCUACGGCGUGCUGAUGUGGGAGAUCUUCUCCAAAGGAGACACGCCGUACGCCGGCAUGAGCAACUCGCGCGCGCGGGAGAAGAUCGACAACGGGUACCGUAUGCCAGCUCCUGAGGGCUGUGCGGAGGACGUUUACGCGCUGAUGUUGCGUUGUUGGGAGUACGAGCCUGACAAGAGACCGCAUUUCCACCAGAUAUAUACGAUCAUAGACAACAUUUACAACAGGUAACGCUGAGUCUAUCUCCAACAAUAGUGUGAAGUUGAAGAUGAUCUACUAAUAGACAAAUGUCCUUGAAAAAAUCGAUUAAAUCUUAAAAAAUGCAUUAAAUAUCCCCUUAAUUUUAAAUUGAUAAGUACUCAUUGUUCUAUCGAUGCAGUUGUUAUGUAUUUUUUUUAAUAAAUGUAAUGAAAAAACGAGCAAAAACACGACAAAUAAAACAAACAUACAGAUAAAUACGUUUUAAACUAAUUAGUGUUGACUUUAAAAAUAAUAAUAUUAUAUAAUAUUGGAAAUACUUUCAAUAACACAGUGAACACAUGUAUAAUUCAGUCUUUCUAAUUGUCGGACAAUUCUUGAGAAAGAAUUGUUGUGGACAGUCUUGCUACAAUCCUUUAUAUACAUAAUUUGAUUGUAAAUAAUUAUCAUCUCACCCAAACAUCUAUGAUAUGUCAGUAUUGUUUUAUAUGUAAGUUGUAAAUUCGUUAGAAAUAAUAUUAUUCAAUAGAAUGUAACUCAAUUGUAGCUGUAAGAAUUUUAAUAAAAACUGGCAACAUUUUUUUUUCAGAUAAUUUUAAUCAGUCAUUUUGUAUUAUAAAGGUAAAUGUCUAUGUAUGUAAUGUUAUUGCAGGAUGUUGCAAAAUAUGGUGAUAAUUAUUGUAGAAGGGAAACUUAUCUGUUACUUUUCUCAAAUGUUUACCUGACUGCUUUUGUAUUAUUUGAAACUUAUAUUGAAAAAAAAACAUUGUAAUCUAUGUUAUAUAGCUUAGUAUUAAAAUUAUAUUUUGAUGCCUUUUACAUAAAUGUUGAUCUCUAGAAAAACUUUAGGGGUUGAGCGAUGAUGAAUGGUUUUAGGACAAUAUAAUAAGAAAAGAAAUUAGUGUUUAAAAAUGUCAACAUUUAUGUAAUAGUGCAUUAUUUCAUUAAUUGCCAUUUCACUUUGUUAUAUUUCGAUAUUAACCCGCAAAUUAUUAAUUAAGUUUCCUUUAUAUUUGCAGGUAUGUUAUUAUUAAAAAUUGCUUUAUUCAAAGUGUGCAAUUUGUGUUAUGAAAGCGGACUUAUUAUUACUACUAGUUAUGUUGCGUUUCAGAAUCAUUGUUAACUUUGCAAAAUGUUAUAGGUAUUAAUAAAUUUAAAAAUACAAAAUUGGAAAUUAUAAUUUUCCAAAGGUGCAAAUAUUGAUAUUAAAUAUUACAUAAAAAUCUUUACACAUUUGAUAUAACUAUAUAUUUUUAAUGAAUCAUGAAUUUAUAAAUUUGGAAAAAAAAUAAUUGUGAUAACAAUGUGCUUCCAAUAAAAUUUAUGAUAUUUUUCUUGCCUAGUUGUAUGUUAUUAAAAAUGAAAUAUUAUAUGUAAUAAAACAAUAACUCAAGUAGAUAAUUACUGUAGCUAUUGAAUGUUUAGUAUUUUAUUAAGUGAUUAUACACGAUUAUUGUAAAUAUUUUCAUAUACUUAUUACAUUAAUAAAAGUACCAGAUGAAUUUGGA